GACGUCUAGUUGCGUCUCUUGCCCUUCUGACCCAGAGCGGACACAGGCAGCAUUUCAAUGAAUUCUCCCCCUUGAAAUCUCCUCUCUCCUCUCUCCUCUCCCCUCCCUGUGUGUGUGUGUGUGUGCGUGCAUGCAUGUGUGUAUGUGUGUCGCUCUCCCCCCCCUCCUCUCCUCUCCCUGGAAGGGCUCCAGCUGCUAACACGAAACAACGUUUUAAUCCAGCGGUCCAGCUUCCAAUUGGGAUAUUGGCAUGAUCAGCAUGGAUUCCCCGCUGCAUCCUGCAGACCGUUGAAAUUGCUUAGGAGAGGAGGAAGAGAGCGAGGAGAAGAAGAUAUUGGAUGUGGGCCGAGGAAGCCAUGGUUGCUGCCUAAAAAAAAAAAUACAUAACACUCACUGACAUACAGAAGUUCACGUCUUUCCUUGAGGAGAGAUCCAAGCCCUUUCGCCAUGGCUGGUGAUAAGCAGGAGCUAAAGAGAAGCAUCUCCAUCAUUCCCUGCUUUGUGUUUGUGGAGCUGGUGAUUAUGGCGGGCACUGUGGUCCUGGCGUACCACUUUGAAUACACCAACACUUUCCCGGUGCACCUCCAAGGCUUCUUCUGCUACGACAGUGCCUACGCAAAGCCCUACCCUGGCCCUGAAGACACAAGCCGGGCACCUCCUGUCCUCGUCUACUCUCUCGUCACUGCCGUGCCCACCGUAACGAUUCUUGUUGGAGAACUGGCUGCCUUCUUCCUCCAGCCUGAGAGACGUGAGGAGAAGACAAUCGUCUCAGGCGAGUGUUGCUAUUUCAACCCCCUUCUACGGCGCAUCAUCCGUUUUCUGGGCAUUUAUUCCUUUGGCCUCUUCACUACCACUAUCUUUGCCAACGCUGGCCAGGUGGUGACCGGCAACCAGACUCCGCACUUCCUGUCGGUGUGUCGACCCAACUACACUGCCCUCGGCUGCCAGGCGCCACCAGGCACCAUCUACGUCACGGACAAGGCCGCCUGCACGGGCAACCCCGUUCUGGUCACCGCCGCCCGGAAGGCCUUCCCCUCCAAGGAUGCUGCUCUCAGUGCCUACGCUGUAGCCUAUACUGUGAUGUACGUGACCCUGGUCUUCCGGCUGAAGGGCUCUCGCCUGGCCAAGCCCUCCCUGUGCCUGGCUCUGUUGUGCCCUGCUUUCCUGGUGGGUGUGGUUCGCGUUGCGGAGUAUCGGAACCACUGGUCCGAUGUGCUGGCGGGGUUCCUCACCGGUGGGGCCAUCGCUGCCUUCCUGGUGACUUGUGUGGUCAACAAUUUCCAGAGCAGCCCGCCUACGGCCAAGAAAACAACCCCAACUGAAAGCAGCUUGCCCAGUGUCCCUGUCAUGGGCUUGCCCUGUGUGGACAGUUCCCUCGAAAAGUUAAGUGUGGCUCAGGUAAGCGGCAUUCCGCCCAGCAACCCUUGCCUACCUCCUGCUCUGCCAAGUCCUGAAACAUCUCUACAGCUUGUGCACAAACAUACAGUCGGCUCCAGGUUUGGGGGUUGGCUGUGGGCAAAAUGUGGGCCUCCCUUGGGCUUCCUCCUCAGUCAGUGGGCCCUGACAGGCCUACAUGGCACAGUGGGAACAGGGGUGGGGAGCAACAAGAGCUCUCUGGUCAACUGGUUUUAG